GAAAUAUUUAAUUUAAAAAGUUUUACGAAAAGGCGGUUUACAUGUAAAAGCUGGCAUCAUGUCGACAUUACGGUGUGUAAGGUCAUUGCUUAUUGCAAAGCAAGCUCUAAAUACAGUUAAAAACAGGUUGACAUCCGUCUGUAUACACGAUGUGAUACGGCACAAUACUACAUAUGCUCAACAAGCCACAAGUUCGAGACGUGGAUGGGCAUACAAGACAGAGUUAAGCCAUAGAAGGAUUGAGGUGGGACCGGAGGAGGAGAGACAUCCAGCUGCCUAUGGAUGCUGGAAUCAUGACUCUGAAGUAUAUGCAUUUGGGCAGAGAUUAGGAGAAAACUUUGAUGAAAAGAAACUACAUGCAGCAUUUGUACAGAGAUCUUAUUGGGAGGCGGAGGUACAGAGACAGGAGGAGCUCGGCCUGGGGGUAGAUGUCACCAUUGUGGACAACUCAAAACUUGCACAAAAUGGUCAAGCAUUUUCCAGUCGUUGCAUCAAAGCUUACCUAAGAUUUUCCUACCCUCGAAUGUUUGAAGAGGGCAUAAUAGCUAUACACGACUUCCUGAUGUCCCAGUCCACAUUGCUGCAAGUGGCCACAAGCCUUGGAGUCAGAGACUUGAUACAGUCUGUGACAUAUCCACCAUCAGAGGAGGAGCAUGUGACGACCCUGAUGGCUGUAAUAGGUGCUCUCAUGGAGUCAAACACAGAACACAAUACACAGUCAGAAAAUAUGUCACAUGACAAAACACAUGCUGCUAAACAAGGUGAGAAGCAGGCAGAGAUGUUUGUCUUAGACUUCAUAAUCCCACAGCUAGUUGGCCGGGAUGUGACAGAGAUGUGGGACUUGCCGAACCCAAUGGGUCUCCUGUCAGCCAUGCUGAAGUCGGCAGGCCGCGGGGAGCCAGAGCCUAGGAUCCUGUGGGCUUCUGGCAAAAACACCCUCAUGCCCGUGUACAACGUGGGCAUUUAUGUGGACAAAAAGCUCAUUGGAAAGUCCCCCGGUGAAUCUGCAAUAAUAGCAGAAGAUAUGGCAGCUAGAGAAGCUUUAAAAAACCUGAUGAACGUUGCGGACAGUCGACAGCCCCUUCUGCUUGGGGAUAGGCUCAGAGAAGUGACACUAGACUAUGAAAGUGUGAAUACCAGUGUUCAGCAAGUGAUGUCCUCUUCAUAAUGUUUUAUACUCAUGUAGAUGUUUUCAAUUAAAUAUUAUGUCAAGAUGUAUAGUUUGUAUUUUAUGCCCCAAAGGAUGACAAUUAAAUGAGCUACAUGCCAUUCACAUCAUAUCCUUUCGGUUAAAAAAGGUAUUUUAAUGUCCUUAAUGUGUUUAGUAAAUGGAAACAACAUAUAUUACAGUAUGUGAUUUUAAGAUAUAUUAUGUUGCCUUGACUUUGAAGUGGCAUGCAUACUGUUUAAAAUGUCUUAAUGUGGGAUAUAUUUUUUAUUAAUAUUUAUUGGACAGGAACAGCAAAUGACUACUAAUCAGUAACUUGUCACAGAAACUUGUACUCCAUAUAAAACAUACUCUCUACUCAUAGUAUUACACAUGUAGAACUUUAACAUUAAUGCAUUUUAAAAUCAUAUGGCUCAUAUUCACGAGUACGAGGGCCAUUCAAAAAGAAUGUGGAUUUAUCAUAUUUAUACAUAUCAUAGAAAUCUUCAGAAUUUGUGCCAAAUUUCAUUGAGGUACAUUGAUUGUGCUUUAUGUAGUUUUAUUAUAAAACAGGAGAGGUAGAGCAAGACGGCGCAACCAAAUAACAUCAAACAGUGUAGUAGAUGUCUUAACAAUAUAACCAUUGUAAAGUAACAUUCAUCAUCCAGUUCUUUUUUUAGAAAGUAUCAAGUUUGCAUAAUAAGCACAGCAUGCUGAGAUAACAUCGUAAUAACUUUUGAUUUGUACUUGGUGAUUUUUAAUUUUGUUGAUGUAAAAAAAAGUCAGGAAAUUCCUAUGAGAUCUUCAAACUUUAACAUUAAAUGAAUAUACAAGUGGUAUUCCUGAAUCUAUAUGUAAUCUUAGUGUAUUUUCAAAAGGAAAACUAUAAAGAAAUGAGAAUGUUACACACAAAAGUAAAAAUUGUUUUGCUAUACACAUUUCAACAUCAUCAGUUUCUUUCUCCCAAUUAUUUUAUAACAGAUUAAUGCUCAGAAACUUUUGUUCUUCAGAUUAGUUUAAUAGUCUUAUAUUUUACCAAUAAUGCAUCAGUGCAUUCUUUGAGAGUAUUAUAUGCAUGUAUACAUGUUGAAUCACAUAAGCAUUUAUAUACAAUACUGUGUGCUCCGUAAUUGCCUUUGUGAAAACAAUCAUCAAAA